UGAAUCUUAUCCCAAAUUUGGCUCGUACAAGAAUUUAUAUAAUCUACCUAUAGUUCGUGUAAGAUUGGAAUUUCAAUCGUAUUAUUGUUAUUGUUGCAUCAUAAAGUGUUGCAAGUGGAUCUCCAUAUAUAUUACUUCUUGUCUCCUCUCCUCGACGACAGACCUCCUCCCCCUCCAUACAACGGCCUAGUGUUUAUCGUUGCGGUCCUUCUCCUCGCGUAGAGUGUGCACCCCUUCCUCACACCCCCACCUCCCGUCUCACACACACACCCCCCCUCCGUCUCGCCCCCACCUUCUGUCUCGCCCUGGCUCACCCUACCUGACCCCAUGGAAUUAUUAGACUAUCUGGGCAACGCAGGAUUCAAUUUGAAGAGUUCUUCUGAGUCUGAAGAAGAGUACCAAAUCAUGAGUACCUAUUUCCAUUCCCAGGCUUCAGACAAUGAUCUGAGCUACACCAAUGACACCGACUAUGAGUACAAGCAGCCAAUGGCCUUGGUCUCUGGCCUGGGCCUGGGCCUGGCUGUGAGUCUGGCCGUGAGUCUUGUUCCCUCCCACCAACCAGCACCCAUCUCCCUGACGUUGGCAACUACCCACAGUCAUGGCCACACCCACACCCACAGUCAUGGCCAUCCUCAUAUCCAUUCCUAUACACAACCAGAAUACAGUUACGGCCAAGCGUUUGAUGAUGAACUGUCGAUCAGUGUCCCCAAUUCCGCCGUGGUCCCAACUGUACCGAUGAUGGAUCUCUAUUCCCUGAGUCUUCUUGUCAAAUCUUCACAACAACCUCCUCUUUUCCCAACUUCAUUCUAUCCUGAAGAUCCAAGACCUCUCCCCAUUGCUGCUGCUGCUGCUGCUGGAGCCUCUGGUGGAGCCAGUGCCAACACCCCGGUGGUUAACCCGGUGCAAACCCCAUCUCUCAGACAUCAACCUUCACCACCACAAUCAACUCCAACCUCACAACAAACCCCAUCCAUACAAACCACCUCGACUCCAGCCUCGCUCCCGAUCUCGUCGCCACAACUCAACAUGCAUGAAUACCCGGACAUGACCACCAUGGUGAAUUCAAACUCAUCAAUGGUGGUACCCAUGGUUGACUCAACCUUUGUUGAUCUUCACAUCUGUACCAUCUGCUCGAAGCGGAUCACCAGAGACAUGUCCCGUCACAUGAGAACCCACCAGAUAAUACCGAGGUUCCUGUGCACGUUCCCCAAGCUGCAAUGCAACCACAAGUCCGGCCGGUUCAAUAGACCAUACGAUUUCAAGAAACAUUUGUUGAACCGUCACUUCAAGUUUGACAUCCCAGACAUAAAACGCAUCCACAACUUGAGCGACAAGUUGGACCACACCGGCUCAUGUCCAUGUGGGUUGCGCUUUGUGGGCAAGGACUGGCUCGACUUCCACAUCCUCACCCCUGACAGAUCCAAGAGAUGUCCAUGCAUUGAAGUCUCGGCAUAGAAGCUUAAUAGAUACAAU